GACCAUCAAUUGAUGUUAUUGACAAAGUCUUUGGCUUUAAGCAGUACAGUAUGUUUCCAUGCUCCUCAUGUAGUAAAACGUACAACAGAAAGAGCCACCUGACUCGACAUGAGCUGACCCAUACAAACCAGCCAGCUGCAAGCUGUCCAUUCUGUAACAAAUCAUUUCUAAAACCAGAAGUUGCACGACGCCACAGCAAAACAUGCGCGAGAAAAGCCAACCAACCACCUCCAGCAGCCUUGAAACGAGGCCGCAAAAAGCAAGCAUGCGAUGAGUGCACCUUGGCCAAAACAGCAUGUGAUAAAAAGUCGCCUUGCUCGCGCUGCUCUUCUCUUCAGCGCCAAUGCUCUUUUGCACGCCAAGAAAGAGAAACCACCGUGCCUCCAUGUACAUCAUCAUCAUCAUCGCUUGCCUUGACUUCUAGAAACGCGCUGAGAAACGAUAGCCCGUUUUUCUUUCUGCUUCAUUUCACGGACCCAAAAAUUAAAAGGGAUAGAUUGGCGAUUUCGGAGACGGCGGGAUCUUCGAUUAGACGGAAUCUAGAGACACUGCACUCGACUCUGGAAGAUGCGCUUCUUCCGAGUAACCCAUUUCAAGCAAGUUUGAUAGGUGAUAUUCCGGCUCUCGAUUGGCUGAAUCAGCCUGCUAGAGCUUCAGAUGAGUUCUUUGCUACUGAGGAUAUGUUUGAUGAUUACUUUUCGUCGAAAUUGUCGAAUCAGUUGAACCAGCUCAUGGUAGAAUUAGUCGAGACAUCUAGGUCUAUGGGCCUUGACAGCGAAGGUCAAAGGAAACCACUUGAGAUUACAGAACUCGCUUCAUUAUUUACAAUCCCGAAUCUUUCUACUUUUAUCUCGGCUUUCUUCCACUCCCUUCACUGGCAUCUGCCAGUCGUCCAUUUUCCAACUUUUCACCCUGGCGAUGUUUCCAAUCCACUCUUGCUUGCUAUAUUCUUGGCUGGUGCAAAGUAUACAAUCCCGCGAAAUGCAUCCGAUAUUCCCGCUGAGCUUCUCAGUGUGGCUGAAGAGCAUAUAUUUCGAAGAGUUGCAGACUUGUCAACAACUAGGCUGCCAAAAAGCCCAGCUAGCCUUGGGCCGGCAGUUGAAAUCAUCCAAGCUGCUCUCAUCAUCGAAAUGCUCCAGUUUGCGCAGGAUGAUGUACAGACGAGGCGCCGUAUUCGUGUAGUCAGACAUCCUUGUUUGAUGUCGAUCGUCCGGUGUUUGGGUUUCUUUCAAUUAAAGCGACUGCUAGCUGUGAAGAUAUGCGAUGACGAAGCCACAUGGAGAGAAUUAAUCGCAGAAGAGAUAUGCAUACGCAUUGCCUGCUGGGCCUUUCUUGCGGAUGGAUUCCUCACGGUUUGUUUUAAAAAUCACCCCGCUCUGUCGACUUUUGAAAUGACUUGUGAUUUUCCCUGGAUCACCGAGUUGUUUGAAGCUGAGAAUGUCUCUGCUUUUAAUAAACUUGUUCCGGUAUACGUGACCGACUCCGCUCUCCCGUGUUUGAGGGAGGUUGUUAUCAAGCUGCUUAACAAUUCUAAUGUUGACGGUCCGUUGUUGGGCCAUUCACUUUCGGUAGAGCAUCUUUUAAUUUUAAUUUACGGAGUUAAUUCUCUCGCCUUCCAGGGACGCGCCGGGCUAUUUGGAACAAUAUCCUUGAACAGCAUCAAACAAGCAGCAAGCAACUGGAAAACAAUCUGGGAUGCAACCACAGCUACUCUCUUUCUCGUGGAUAACAAGGAGAAAGCCCUGCAUUUAGGCUAUCCGAAACAUGCUGAAGAGCUUUGGUGGCUUUUGAAUGCUACGCUUGAAGCUGCUACCAGAGACUAUAAGAGCAUAGGUCUGAGAUAUUUGGAUAGUGAGGAGACGGAUGAUUUGGGGGAUUUGAAUGAGUUUAUUCAGUGGUGUUAUACAAUAAAGCAACACUAGACAGCGUGCCAGGUUUGAGCUUUUAAGCUAUGUAUAUGUACAGAUGAUGACAGUGGAAUCAUUUGACUUGACUCUUGGGUUUGAACUGAUUGUAAGAGUGCGCCUCUGGUUUUAUUCAGUUGGGUCUAUGUUUCCUUUUUCUGAUAUAUGACCAAAU